UUAGAGCCUCUGCAUUGUAGAGGAGAGGUGGCAGAGGUCGUGGAGGAGAAGACCAUGGCUGUUGGUGGUGCUUGGAAGAGUGUGAAGCCCUACUUGGCCAUGGUGUUCCUGCAGUUUGGGUACUCGGGCAUGUACGUGAUCUCCGUCGCCUCGCUCAAGAGCGGCAUGAGCCACUACGUGCUCGUCGUGUACCGGAAUGCCGUCGCGGCAGCUGUCGUCGCUCCGUUUGCUCUCUGGUUUGAACGGAAGACAAGGCCCAAGAUGACACUGGCCAUCUUCCUCAAGAUAAUGGCUCUGGCGUUCCUGGAGCCGGUGCUCGACCAAAACUUCUACUACAUGGGCGCCAAGAACACAUCAGCAAGCUUCUCCUCUGCCCUCUUCAACGUGUUGCCUGCUGUUACUUUUGUCAAUGCCGUUAUCCUCAGGAUGGAGAAGAUCGAUAUCAAGAAACGACGUAGCCAGGCGAAGGUUGUCGGCACUCUGGUGACGGUGAUCGGUGCACUGCUCAUGAUACUAUACACAGGCCCAAUCAUCGAGUUCGUAUGGACCAAGGGAAGGAGCCACCACGCCGGGGACAGCGGCCAGAACGAGAGCCACUGGCUUAUCGGCACGUUCAUGCUGCUGUUCAGCUGCUUCUGCUGGUCUGCUUUCUUCAUCCUGCAGUCGCACACGUUGAAGUCCUAUCCUGCAGAGCUCUCCCUGAGCACCUUGAUAUGCCUCAUGGGCGCGGGACAAGGUGGAGCCCUUGCUCUUGUGAUGGAGCGCAGCACCAAGCCAUGGCUGAUAGGAUUCGACACAAGACUCUUCACCGCCGUGUACUCCGGAAUCAUGUGCUCUGGAGUCGCUUACUACGUUCAAGGCAUCGUGAUGAAGGAGAGAGGCCCUGUCUUCGUCACAGCCUUCAACCCUCUUUGCAUGAUCAUCACGGCCAUAAUGGGCUCCAUUAUUCUAGCGGAGGAGAUCACCUUAGGAAGGGUAUUAGGUGCAGUCAUAAUAGUGAUCGGCCUCUACUCCCUCAUCUGGGGGAAGAGCAAAGAUCACUUAACGGAGCCCUCGCAGCCGAGGGAGAAGGAAGCAGCACUCGUGAAGACGAGCCCGAUCGACCACGUCGCCGUCAUCGACAUCCAACCUGCGAGGAAUCCUUAAGGCGAUGAGAGCUCCAUCUGCGUCUGUACCUAGUCAACCAUCAACACAAUUGCUGUAUGCAACUUUGUGAUGCCUCCUAAUGUUCGCAAUGCGUGAACUAUAUGAUAUGAUUGAUACUUUCAAUAAGCUUUGUCAUCACUUGUCACUA